CAAAACCUCUUGGGCCAUAAAAGUAGGACAUCACUCAUCCGUCCUAAGGCUUCAAACUUUAAUUUUCGCAAUUUCCGAUCUUCUUCCCUUCCUUCCAACUCCGAUCCAUCACUCCCAUAUCAUACCAUAGUGUGAUGUGUUACAUUAUAGAGUGUGAAAGGCUGUAAAUAUUGAUCUGAGGAAGAUAAGGGUACCGAUAUGAUGCUAAACACUCUGUGUGGGAGCAUGGGAAGUUUGAGCAGUGAGGUGGGGAACCUAAAGAUUGAGGAGGAACCAGCCAGCAGCAGCAGCGUAAAGCGUGAAAAUUCAUCAUUGCUGUCUUCGUCGUCGUCUUGUUCUACUCUGCAGCAGCAGCAUCAAUUGGACAAGGUUCCUGUCCCUGCACCAUCCGAUUAUGAAGACCACAGUAGCGUUGUUGUUAAUGGCAUCAGCUUUCCCCCUGCCGUCAAAUUCGAGGACAUCGGGAUUGAUGAUCAGUCAUACUGGGAGUCGUUUUUCGCGGAUCAGCUUGAGGGGGAUUUUAUGAUCUCUUCCCCUGUUAGGAGCAAUAAUAUGGCCGCCUCUCCUCAGGUUUCCAGCUUUAUGAACGAUGUUCAGAUGAUGAUCACGUCUCCGGUCAGGAACUGCUAUCAUCACCAUCAGAAUGGGAUGAUGAUGAUGUCUCCUCUUGGCCCCGGCCACAACAACAAAGGCAAAGGGUUGAGCCCACUCCACCGGGUAUUCAACUCUCCCAACGCCCAACACUUGAUGCAAAUGCAAACCCAUGACUUCUCCCACCUCCCCGCUCUCGACAACUUGCUAGAUUUUGACGACAACCAUGAUUUCUCCUUAAAGCACCUCCCUGCAUCAAGCAGCGUUCUAUCGGAGUCCUUGUUCCAUUCUUCUUCUUCUUGUUCCGCCUCGGUAUCAUCGGUCCAAGCUCCACCACUAGGUAGCUGCUCACACCAAGAAGCAGAUGAUGACAUAAUUUACCGGACCACUACUGGAUCCCUCCAUAUCGCACCUUUGUCGCACCAACUACGAGAGGAGCGCAACCAAGAACAACAGCACCACCAUAAUAAUAAUAAUAUUACACGUAGUGGACAACACCUCCACUCUGCACCCUUAGUUCUUCCUCUCUCUGCUCCUCCCGCCGACCUCCAGGAGGAGGAGGAGGAGGAGCAAGACAGUGGAUUGCAACUGUUGCACCUUCUGUUAGUGUGUGCAGAAGCAGUAUCCAAAGAGAAUUACAUGUUAGCUCGGAGAUACCUCCACCACCUGAACCGAGUGGUGACGCCCCUCGGAGACUCCAUGCAACGCGUUGCGUCUUGUUUCACCGAGGCCUUGAGUGCAAGACUAGCUGCCACUCUCGCCUCUGCCUCAGCCAAAUCCAUCACCUCCAAUAGGCCCUUCAACCCUCCCUACCCUCCAAACUCCCUGGAGAUCCUCAAGAUCUAUCAGAUCCUUUACCAGGCUUGCCCCUACGUCAAGUUCGCCCAUUUUACUGCUAAUCAGGCAAUCUUCGAGGCAUUUGAGGCUGAAGAGCGGGUGCACGUAAUCGACCUUGAUAUACUCCAAGGCUACCAGUGGCCGGCUUUCAUGCAGGCCUUAGCAGCCAGGCCCGGCGGAGCCCCGUUUCUCCGGAUCACCGGAGUGGGGCCCUCCCCGGAAGCAGUCCGAGAGACGGGUCGAUGCUUGACAGAGCUAGCCCAUUCCCUCCACGUCCCUUUUGAAUUCCACCCGGUGGGAGAGGAGCUGCAAGACUUAAAGCCCCACAUGUUUAACCGGAGGGUGGGGGAGGCGUUGGCGGUGAACGCGGUGAACCGCCUCCACCGGGUUCCGCCAAACUGCAUGGGGAACUUGUUAGGCAUGAUCAGAGACCAGGCGCCCAACAUCGUGACCAUCGUGGAACAAGAAGCGAAUCACAACGGGCCGUACUUCUUGGGGCGGUUCCUGGAGGCGCUGCAUUACUACUCCGCAAUCUUCGACUCGCUGGACGCGACUUUCCCGGCGGAUUCUUCCCAGAGGGCGAAGGUGGAGCAGUACAUAUUCGCGCAGGAGAUAUGGAACAUAGUGGCCUGCGAGGGAGCGGAGAGAGUGUAUCGGCACGAGCGGCUUGAGAGGUGGAGGAGAGUGAUGGAGGGGAAAGGGUUCAAAGGGGUGCCGCUCAGCGCCAACGCGGUCACGCAGUCAAACAUAUUGUUGGGUUUGUAUUCUUGCGAUGGCUACAGGUUGACGGAGGAUAAAGGUUGCUUGCUCUUGGGGUGGCAGGACAGACCCAUUCUUGCUGCGUCUGCAUGGCGAUGUUGAUAUAUAUAUCUAUAAGCCACCACCUCCUCAGCUCCUCUAUCGCUCUGCUCUCUUUAUAUUUUUCUUGAAUUCCCGACCUUUUCAGAAGCAAUAUUGUUUUGUUUUUAAUUUUAAUUAAUAUACGUCAAUCUGCACCAAAUUAAAAAAGCAUAGUAUAGCAUAGCAUUAAACUUUACCUAUUAAUUGAUAUGGUUGAAUUAGAAAAUAAUAUAAAAUGAAAUCCUAGUUAUAUAUUAAUCUGCUUUGUACCUGCCUAUAGGCUACAUAUACACUAUAGCUAAAA